AAGAACUAAAUAAUAAUAUUUACUUCUAUAUAUUAUGUCUACACUGCGACUACAGAAUUUCAUUCAUUAAAUCUAGAAAUUUCAUAAUCGAAUUUAAUUUCUUUGAUUAUAAAAGAUAUACGAUAUAUUUGUAACAAUUUGUUGACAAGCAGCUGUUUCAACUUUGACAGGUUAUCCAUAACUGUCAAAUGUCUGAAAAAUGAGUAGAGAUUCUAGUUCUGUACUAGACCCAAUUGUGGGGCAAACAGCCACUUCCACAUCUCCAGCAGAAGUUGAACAAAGAAAUGAAGCUUCUGCAACAGUGGCUGAAGAUUCCAACAAUAAUACUUCCCUUUUAGACAGGGAACGGGUUUCUGAAGCUGCUAGUGUUGAAAACCCCACUACUUCUCAACAUUCUCCUGCAGUGAGAGAAAUACACAAAAAUAGUUGGUUAAAAAAGAUGCCUUGUAUUGAUAAAUGGUCUGGAAAGUUUCCUAAGUCUCAGAAACUUGAAAAGUUUUGGGUAGUAUUUUGUGUACAUGAUGAUAAAGAAGGAUUCCUUGAAUUUUAUGAAAAUCGACGCAGUGCUUACUCUCACAUGCCCUUAUCAAGCGUUUCUCUCUCAACAUGUCUACACAUUUCUCCUACAAUAGUGGCCCAAGGGAAUGAUCAUGAGUUUGUUAUUACUCUUGAUAACCAAGUUGUCAGAUUAGCUGCUUCGACAAAUGAACAAAUGUUAGAAUGGAUGGAUACUUUAAGCACUAAACUUCGAGAAUUAGGUGUCUUAGAGCCUAAAGAUAACUUAUACAGUAAAGAACCUAUCAUUACAAGGGCUCUUAGUCAUCAACAUUCUGUUAGUGGAUUAUCAUUAGAGUCUCAGUCUCGUGCAGAUUUCAGUCGUCUUUCUAUAAGAGACCCUAAUUCUCCAUUACCUCCUGUUCCUAGUACUGUAGUCCAGUCUUCUGAACCUUUAGAGAGUGUAGCAUCAAGUUCUACUGUUGUUUAUAUUCGAAAUCCUACAUCCCGUAGAGCUUCUUUGCAAACUACUAGUUCUUCAAGCAUUAGUGGUUCAGUCACAGCUGUCAGUACAUCAGAAGGAAUACCUACUUCUUCCCAGUCAGUCCCAGAGAGUGUUUUUACUUUUGAUUUACCAUCAUUUGCUGAUCAAAAUGCUCGCCCAAUAUCUCGAAGCAACAGUUCCCAAGAUAGCAUUUCUCCUGUUCCAUCUCCUAAUGAAGUGGAACAGAGGGUAUCAUCGGUUCCAAAUACUCCUUCUGCCGAAUUCGCUCUUAUUUAUGAGCCUCUAUUUUUUGGACCUCCACCCAAUGUUCCUUCGGGUGUGAGAAACCCGAGCUAUGAGAAUCCUCCAUAUCCUCAAAGGCAUAUAGUGUACAAGCCCACUCCAGCCUUGCCUCCAAGACAAAAUGUUGACUUUCACCGGACACCAUCCCUGGUCACAGGUGAUAGGUCUAAUGUGCAUUCACCAAUAAGAUCCAGUAGUCUUGGAAAUUCAAACUCUACUUCAGAUCCUUCUUUACAUGCAUCUUCUCAACAGCAAUGUACGAAUACAGUUACACCGUGUACUAGUUCUGCUUCUACAAGUUCUCCUGUUGCAUUAUUAAGGACACAUUCACAUUUGGAGCCAGUAUGCAGUUCUUCAGAAAGAAGCAGUCACCCAGCAUUAGCUGAAAGGCAUCCACAUAAUGGAAUGAGAUUACAGUCCAGUAGCGCCUUCAAAAAUGGCACAAUACCGGUUGAUGAGAAUGGAAAGCCAAUUUCACUCCGAGAAGCCCAAGUUCAGAAACUUCAGGCAGAAAUGCGCCAUAAAAGUGGUGUAAGAUUAGUUUUAAGGAAGAAGGACUGCUUAAAUGCUAUUGCAUUUGUCGAGUGUUUCAACCAUGUUUGGAUAGCUGGAUGGAAACAAAAAGAGCAUCCUUUACUGCACAACACAUUUCAUGUUGGAGAUCGUCUUGUUAGUAUAGCUGGCCUUAGAAUUCAUUCUGUGCAGGAUGCACAUAGAGCAAUUAAACAGCAACCAUCUACGGUAGAAUUUAUUGUCAGAAGAGUUCCAUAUGGAAAAAUAUUUGCAAUCAAACGUGAAUAUGAAGGACAAGAUUUGGGUAUUGUUAGAGAAGGUGGCACUGCUGAGAUUAAAGAAGUGAAACGUAGAGGAUUAGCUUGUCGGCAAGGUUUACCUGAAGAAGCAUCUAGUCUAGAUGGUAAUUCUUAUUGCAACUGGGUUUUGACAGAAAUAAAUCAUCGUCCAUUGAAUUUAUUUUUUAAAGAUAAUGAGGUGCAAGAUAGAUUGAAUGCUGUUGGUCUUGAUAUAUCACUAUUGGUGCAACCUAUAGAAUUUGUAAAAGGUUUGAAAAAACAGCUAAAAACCAUUCGAGGUUAUAAAGAUUAUAUUGUUCAGUGAUAGAUUAUAGAAUAUCUAUAUAAUUAGUUUGGUAAUGAAUGUUUAAUUUUCAAUUGAAAGUUGAAGAACAGUUGUGUUAACAGGAAUAAAUAUUUCAUAAGAAAUAUUUUUAAAGCAAAUUGUACAAAAUAAUAUGAAGAAUUAACUGACUUUCUUCAACCCCCUCCCAAAAAAUUAGUUGAAAACAAAAUUGGAUUUGUUUAGAUUCGAAUUUUGUAAAAAGUAGCCUUAUUCUUAUGUUUCUUUUAUUGGAUUUUUUGAAAAUUGGUAACAGAUGAAACGUAAGAAUUAUUUUAUGGAGUGAAUUACUAUGUGAUAAAAAAAAAAAGUUGUUUUAAGAAAAUUACAGUUCCCUCCUCCUUAUUUUUAUAAUGCAUUUAAGAUAGGUAAACUUAAAACUAGCACUCAGGUAAUGUCUGCUACAAAUAUUCAAUUAUAAUAUGCUGUAAAUAUAACCUAAUGGCAUAUUUUUUUAUUUAUUUAUCAUUAAUUUAUCGGUUUUGUUUAGUGGUUAGUUUACUGGUUCUAUCAUUUAUCCUAUAAUUUGAUUUAAUUCAAAAAUUUCCUGAUGGACAUUAUCUGGAUGCAACAGAUUUUUAGGAUACUAAAGAAAGUUUCCUAAUAUUACUUUCAUACAAGAAUAGGGAAAAUAACUUGUACAUUUAUGUAGAUUUGUAAAUUAAUAGUAAAAAGGAAAAUAAAUGUAAAGCAGAGGAUGCAACAGCAAUCAACACAUUAAUCAUUGAGAAUGAUAUUAAUAUGGAUUGCAAAAGGAAUUAUAACAUUUUGUAAUUCUAAUUUUCUAUAAAAUAAUUGAAAAAUUAAUAUGAAAAUAUUUUUGGUAUAGAAUUAACUCUCUUGACAUCACUGUUCUAAAACUUCAAAUUUUUAUCCAGUUAAAUAUUUUGAAUGCUUAAAACAUAUGUAUAUAUUCAAAAGGGAGCAAAGUGUUUUAAUGAAUAAAGGUCUUUGAAGAAUGUUACAGUUAUUUUAUUAGAAAGAUUACUAAAUACUUCCUGUGAUCAAUAUGUAUGUUAUUUAUUGGGAUGUACUGUCUGUUUUCUGUACAGACUGUAUUUUAUUGUUAAAGCCAAUAACAUUAAACCAUUUCUUUUAAAAAAUUGUGCUCUCAUGUAUAGUUCAAUAUUUUUGUAAUAUUUGUUUAGAAAUAUACAUGCUCCAUUGAUAUUAUUUUAAAAGCACUAAUUUCUUGCAUAAAUUAAUGUUUCAUUUUUUAAUCAUAUCUGUCAGACUAUUCAAAUGGUUUAUCAAAAUUUUUGUUUCAUAUUUUAAAGAACAAUCUGAGGAUUGAUGAGAAUUUUUAAACUUUUAAUAUUAAUUGAUCCUGCAUAUAUUUGUUUAAUUACCUAUGAAUCAUUUGAAGAUUCUGCUGAUUUAUGACUCUGUUAAAAUUUUAGAAUAAAAAAUGAAAAACCAGUACAUUCCAGAAUGAGUAUUAUAGAGCUUUCUUGUGUAGGAAUUUGAAUAUUUUAAUCUUAAUGAUUACUUUUGUAGAUGGGUGCUUAAGGUAUGGUUCUUACAGGCCUCGUAUAAUUUGCCUGUAUUACUGGGAACAAUUUUGGAAUUAAAAUAUUGGUAUAAUGAGGAUAUACAUUUUAGAUAUUUUAGAAGAGAUUUUAUUCUCUUUUAUCAUGAAUUUGUUGAGUUUGCUUCCUGGUAUAUUAUAAUGGUGGUAUAUUACUUUUAUAUGACAAUAUUUUAUGUGAGUGUAUUUUAUCUGUAAACUGGAUUCAAAAUUUUAUGGUCAAACUUAAAUAUAGCUAUAAAUUUAUUUGAACAUAUUACAGUCUAUUUGUUAAUCAUUUUAUUCACUAUUUAAUUUUAAAAAAAGGAAAUAUCUCACUCCCAAAUGAAGACAAGUAGUUGAAAAGACAUUUAGAAGCCUUCCCUUUCCCCAAGUGUGAAGAUAUCAUGAUCCUGUUUAUAGGGACCAUGAUGCAGUUACUUUACAUAAUAAUGCUGAAUAGCAUGACUAUAAGCAUUUGUUUUGAUUUGUUACUUUUGGUGAAAAGAAAAGGACCUUUUUAAAUGUUACCCGAAUGUCUGUUUUUUUCACCAAUUUACUGACAGCUUAAAAUGACCACUACUGUUACAAUGGGUUAUAAUAAUAGUAAAUCACAAAUCAUUUAUGUAUUCAAAUUUCAAUCAAAACAUUAAAAUUAGAAGACUUGAUUGCUUUAGAAGUUAUAGGAAAUUGUCCUUUUGUUUCAACAUUCUAUUAAAUCUGAAAGAAACAAGUUGUUAUAUUUGUAUUUGUAAAUAAAGCCGUAAGUAAUAAUCAAGAAAUAUUCAUUUUUUUGUUUGUGGUUUAAGUUGUAGAGGGGCAAUCAAUAUUUACUUGGAAUAUUUAUAAUAGCUUAUGAAAUAAAAACGCAUUUCUUUUACUCUCAUCAUCAGAAUAGCAGACUUCAUGCCAUGCUUUUUUUUUUUUUUUUAAAUCUUUGAAUUCAAUUCUUUCAAGCAAAGAAAUCACUUGGAAUUUAAUAACUAGAGUCAAGAAUAUGAAAUGAUGAGGAUUCUGAUCAUAAAACAAAUAUGCUUGUUUGAAUAAAUAUAAUUAAUUUGCCUAUAAUCUGUUACUGCAAUCAACUUAAAUAAAAAUUUAAUAGUAAUGAGAAAGUAUUUUUUUAUAUGAUUUCUCGGUAUUUUUCAGUGGUUGUAUUAUCCUCCAUGUAUUUACUUUUUAUUUAAAUAUUAAUGACGUAGGGGCUUUUUUUUUUUCACUUGGAUCAAUUUAACAAUUUAAAUUUUAUGCCUAAGUUCUCCUUUGAUACAGAAAAUUUUGGAAUGUUCUUAUAUGCUAUCAUAUAUUAGGUCAUUCAUAAUUAUUUUUUUAUUAAUUUUUCUUUUAAACAUAAUUCAUAAAAUAUCUACAUUACACACACACACACACACAAAAAAAAAAAAAAAAAUUAAAGAUAUGUAAAAGCAUGAUUGGAAUCAUUGUCUUAAAAGCUCUAAGGCAAAGUUCGAUAGCAUUGCAUUAGCUGAUUAUGCUGUUCUAUCUUUCAGUCAUUGUAAAAUGACCCACAGCAGUGGAGAGUGGUCUCUAGUUAAUUACAACUUGCAUGAAUGGUAAAUGGUUUCUUAAUUAUCUUUCUACUGUCCGUUUCUUUACAAAUUUUACAAUUCAUCAGUAUUCCAUUAGCAAAACAUGGAAGUGGCGAAGCAACUAUUAUUUGGUAAAAGAUUAUACUUGAUGGUCUUAUAUAUAAAAACUAUCAUCAAAUGAUGCUGAUAGUGUUGAGCAUGCAUGCUGAAUACUAUAAACCACUUAAUCAUAUGAUAUGCAUUGCAUGAAGUUAAAUCUAGUUUAGCCCUUUUCUACUAAAGUAUCUGCUAUAUAUUAUUGUCACAAGAAGAUCUACUUUAAUUGUAAAAGUUGUAAAAACUUAUUUAACUGUUUUUAUUCUCAUUUCAUUUGUUAAAAAUUAUAUUUUGAUUUUUAAGAUACAUUUAUUUCAUGGUGUAAUGAUUUUCUGCCUGUUGUAAUUUUAUACAGUCAUUUAGAAAUAUACAUACAAAAUUCUGCAAUAUGUUCAUUUCUUUAGAAAAUAUUUCAAAUAACUUGAUACAUAAAUAUUGAACAAAAAAAUAUUAUAUAUAUUUUAAAUUGUAUAUUUUUUAGAUACAUAUGUAUAUUUUGAACAAAAAAAAUCAUACAAUUUUUUAUUAAUCAAAACUAUUUAUCUCUUGCAUGAGGGCAAUAUAUGUUUUUCAGACGUAUACCUUGUUCCUAUAUUCCCUUAGUAGCAAUUUUAUGAAAUUCGGAACUAUCUUAACUUUUAUAACAUAUUCUGCUCUUUUACUUCAUAUCAUGAAGAGUAAAACUCUAAUUGUUCAGAGCUAUUGGCAAAAAGAAUCUCUUUUUUAGCUGUUCACAAAUAUUAACCUACUAGGAAAAGCUCUAUUUUUACUCUAUGAAAAAAAUACUUGUGUGUAUAUAUUGUCAGACUUUGUAAAGUAUUUUUCUUUUUUAAAAUGUUUAUAUAACUUUAAAAAGUCUAGUAAUUAAAAAUGGAUUUUCGUUUCAUGCAUGCAUUAAAAAAUGGCAAGCAUUCCUGCUUUAUGGAAUAUUUCAUUCAUCUUUUAAAAUCAGUUUUUGUUAUAAUAAUGAAGCAAACUUGGAUUCACAUUUGUUUAUAUUACCUGAAUAUAUAUUUGAUGUUUGUACAAAGUUCUUAUGGAUGUAUGUUAAAUUUGUACGGUGAUGUUUACAUUUACCAUUACAUGUUAUCUAAUUCUGUGAUAUGUUUACUAGUGGUGUAAGUAAUACUUGGAUUUAUUUCCCCAUUAUAUGCAUUUUACUUGUUUCAUUUAUUAUUAUUAUUAUUAUACUGUUAUCUAGAAAAAUUUCUAAUUUCGACUGACCAAGCAUGUUCUUGCUGUAUAAAAAUAUAUUGAUGUUGAUUUUGGCUUAAUAAAUAUGAUGCUAGUUUAUUGGAAAACAUCAGCUAAUGUGUAAGAAAUCUUAUAUUCAACAGUAAAUUUUAUUCUUUCUAGUUUUCCUUUCAAAAAUUUAACACUUUUUUUUUUUUUUUUUUUUUAAUUUUGAAACAUGAUUCUGUAAAAAACAAAUUUUGAGAGUUUGAGAAUUUUUUUAUGCAUACUUUAUUCUUUCUA